AUGGUGAGUUCUUCUCAAAAUCCUAGUGCCCAGGGACUCUCAGGACGGAAAAUUGUAUAUGAUGAAGAUGGGAAACCAUGCCGAUCUUGUAACACCUUGUUGGAUUUCCAGCUUGCAACGGGGAAAAUUGGUAGCACCAGUAGUAAAAACGCCGGACCUAAAAAUGAUAAAACUGAAGUUUACGCGAAAGUGGACCCUCCUGACGUUGAGACGCUGGGCAAUUCGAGCUGGACGCUGCUGCAUGCAAUCACAGCAUCUUAUCCAAAACAACCGAACGAUACGCAAAAAGGAGAAAUGAAACAGUUCAUGACAAUUUUCUCGCAUGUUUAUCCAUGCUGGUGGUGCGCUAAAGACUUCGAAAACUUUAUGCGGAAUAAUGCACCAAAGGUCGAAUCUAGAGAGGAACUCGGCAGGUGGAUGUGUGCCGCUCACAACGAUGUCAACAAAAAACUAGGAAAGCCAAUUUUUGACUGCAAUUUGUGGGAAAAGCGCUGGGUUGACGGUUGGGAUCAAAAAUAA